CUAAUUAACUCAUCAUUUAUCCAAAUCAAACUCAUCUCUAUCUCUUCAUUUUGCAAUUCCACAAACAGAUUCUUGAGCAGAAAAAUCAAUGGAUCCAAUUCUAACUUAUCCAAACACCACCUCAAUUACCGGAAUAACAAUCCUUUCUCUUGUUAUUACCAUCUUAUUCUAUUUAUUAAUGUAUCGUCCAUUCAAAGCUGGCAAUAAACAUAGAGAACCUCCAAUGGUGGCUGGUGCAUGGCCUAUACUGGGUCACCUUCCACUCUUCCAUGGCUCACGUUCACAGCCACUCCACAUUACUUUGGGCGCCAUGGCUGACAAAUAUGGACCCCUUUUCACCGUGAAGCUUGGUUCCAAAAAGAUUGUAGUACUAAGCAACUCAGCAAUGGCGAAAGAAUGCUUCACAAAGAAUGAUGCAAUUGUUGCUUCUCGUCCCAAUCUUGUCUCAUUCGAAAACCUUGGCUACAAUGGAGCCAUGAUUGGUUUCACGCCGUACGGUCCAUAUUGGCGUGAACUCCGCAAGUUUUCAAACUUAGAGCUUCUCUCGAAUCGCCGCAUAGAGCUGCUAAGCCAUGUUCGAGUCUCGGAAGUUCGAGCUUCAACAAAAGAUCUCUUAAGUCUUUGGUCCACUCAGAAGAAUGAAUCUGGAUACGUGUUGGUGGACGUAAAGCAAUGGUUUGCAGAGUUGACAUUCAACAUGGUUCUUAGAAUGGUUGCGGGGAAGACAUUCUUUGGAGCUGUAGAUUCAGAAAGUGAGGAUAAAGCGAAUAAGUGUUUGAAGACUAUUAGGGAGAUGAUGCGUCUUAUGGGGAUGUUUACUGUGGGAGAUGCUAUUCCUUCAUUAAGGUGGCUUGAUUUGGGGGGCCAUGAGAAGGCCAUGAAAGAAACUGCUAAACAACUCGAUGAGAUUUUGAGUGGAUGGUUGGAUGAGCAUCGCAAAAACAUGGAUUUCUUAGAUGAAAAGGGUUCAAGUGAAGAGCCACGUGAUUUCAUUGAUGUCAUGCUUUCGGUCUUUUCUCAUACCAACAUUCAUGAGUUUGAUGCUGACACCAUAUAUAAAGCCACAAUAUUGACAAUGAUAGUUGGGGGAAAUGACACCACCACAGUUUCUCUUACAUGGGCCAUGUGUUUGCUAUUGAAAAAUCCUCACGUGUUGGAAAAGGCAAAACAAGAACUUGAUGAGAAAAUAGGGAAAGAUAGAUGCAUAGUUGAGUCAGAUAUAAAUAAAUUAGUAUAUCUUCAAGCUAUAGUCAAGGAAACAUUAAGAUUGUAUCCAGCAGCUCCUCUAGCAGCACCUCAUGAAUUCACAGAAGAUUGCAACUUAGGUGGAUAUCACAUCAAAAAGGGAACUCAGCUAAUUACAAAUAUUUGGAAAAUCAAUACCGAUCCUUAUAUUUGGUCAGAUCACUUGGACUUCAAGCCAGAAAAAUUCCUCACAACCCACAAAGAUAUCGACGUUAAAGGCCAUCACUUUGAAUUGUUACCGUUUGGAGGUGGUAGACGUAUUUGUCCCGGAAUUUCAUUUGGCCUUAAAAUGCUUCACUUUGUUUUGGCGAGCUUUUUGCAUUCCUUUGAAAUAUUGAACCCACCUAUUGAAUUUGUUGAUAUGAGUGCAACUCUUGGAUUGGUCAUUGCUAAAACUACUCCACUUAAGAUCAUGGUUAAACCACGUUUAUCUCCCAACUGUUAUGUAAACAUGUAAUUAACACUAGCGUUAGUUGUGUGCUUUCGUGUAUUGUCACUUUGUUAAGUCCUAUACUUGUCCAUCUAUCGCUGCUUAAACAUAAAGUUAUAAAAUCAA